AUGCUCGUGCAAAGUUUCGUUGAUAGGCUUAGACCUCUGGUCGGGCUCAAAUGUUGGGAUUAUGUUGUCUUAUGGAAGUUGAGCAAUGAUCACAGAUGUAUCGAGUGGAUGGAGUGUUGUUGUGCCGGAAGUGCGAAUAUUAAAAGUGUUGGGGAGGAUAUUGUCAAUUUCGAAGGCUCAAGUAGCCUACACUGUAGAGAUAUCGUGUUCCCACAUCGAAGGAUCAAAGCCUGUGAUUUACUAGACCAGCUUCCUUCUUCCAUCAUACUCGAUUCAGGAGUUCAUGCACAGUCCAUGCUGUCGAACCAAGCAAGUUGGCUCAACUACUCACACAACUCGGACGCAAGUUUUACGGAAGUGGACACAAUUGGCACCCGGGUUCUGGUCCCGGUGCCUCUUGGGCUGGUCGACCUGUUUGUGAUGAAACAAAUCGCGGAAGAUGAAAAGGUGGUGGAUUUCAUCACAACCCAAUGCAACUUGUUCCUAGAGCAACAAAUGAUGAUGGGCAACUCGGGCCCCACCACCAACACUAGAGCCGAUUCCUUCUCGCCUCACACGAACAACCCCUUGGCAGCCCUUUUCGGGAACCACCCUCGAGACGACAGAAUCAAUCUGGAAAACAUGUUCCCGGAUUACGGGCUUCAGGAGUUGGAGACGGGACAGGGAAAUAAUAAUAAUAGUAACAGUUGUUUUUGGAUGGGAGAGGAUCAGGUGAACGAGGACUCGAACAACAGGUCGGAGGAGUCAGAGGCGGAUGAGGAGAACGAGACAAAGUCUAGGAGGCGAAUAAACGGGAAAGGGCCCCAGUCGAAGAACCUCAUGGCUGAGAGAAAGAGGAGGAAGAAGCUCAACGAUAGGUUAUAUUCUCUACGAUCCUUGGUCCCCAAGAUCUCUAAGUUGGAUAGAGCCUCGAUUCUUGGAGAUGCUAUCGAUUAUGUGAAUGAGUUGAAGAAACAGGUGGAGGACCUACAAAUUGAGCUCGAACAGCAUUCGGAGAAUGAGGAGGAGGACAUGAGGAAAAUAAGGAGAGACGAGGCCAAUACUAUGCAUCAAAAUGGAGGGAAACGCGAAAACGGAAAUUUCACGCAUGCCGUUCACAACAACACUGUUAAUAACGUCUCCGGGCAUAUCAACCACGAGCCGCAUAGUAAUGCAAAUCACAGAGUUCAGCAAAUGGAGCCACAAGUUGAAGUGUUCCAAAUCCACGGGAAUGAGUUCUUGGUGAAAGUAUUUUGUGAGCACAAAGCGGGUGGAUUUGUGAGGCUGAUGGAGGCACUAAAUCUUUUGGGUUUGGAAGUGACUAAUGUCAAUACCACCAGGCACACUUGCCUCGUCUCCACCAUCUUCAAACUCGAGCGAAAGAAUGAGGAGAUGGUGGAAGCUGAUGAUGUGAAGGAGUCGUUGCUGGAGCUAACUCGAAACUCGAAUAACUGCAGAACGGUUUUCCACGUACCAAACAAUACCAACAUUGAUGGCGAUGCUACUGCUAAAACCCUUGCCUCAACUUCCCUCACAUCAAAUUCCCUCACCCCAUCAAAUUAA